AUGGUGCGUCUAGUCGUAGCGGAAGUACUCGUCCCCUCUGUGCGUGACGCACUCACACGAUCGCACGGCGCCGCGCAAAACGUCAGCGUGACGGGCAAAAAGUCCAAAAAUCCAACAGCAGCGGCGGCGAAAGUGGCGGUGCCGUACCCCGUCGGCAGCAGCACGCUGCAGUUGACAGGCGUGCACGUCACACAGCACGGGGCUGGCAAGAAAGGCGGUGGCAGCCAUGCACUGCCUUGCGGCGGCGUUGUCGUCCUGCUGCGGGCGCACGUGGAGGGCGCACUUGACGCGGCGACACGCGUCUUCACGGUGGCGGCGCUGGCGCUUGGCGGUGGAGACGAGCCUGAGCAGCCCGUCGCUAAGCGGCGGGCUGUGGAUGACACACGCCACCCGGUUCCACCAGCGGCAGUAGCGUCGCCGCAGCCCCGCCUGCCCUGUGCCGCGUUCGCCAAGCUUGACCUGCGGCUGCAGGUGGAGAAGGUGAGCUUCUCGGUGGAUGUACUGCCGGUGGGGCAGCGGCGCGGGNCCCGCGAGGGCGGGGCAGGGGACUGCUCCCUGGCAGUGACGAUCGUUGGCGCGAUGGCACCUCUGCUGCCGCCGUGA